UUAUUGGACCGUCUCCAAGUAAAGAUGGUGGGCAUGAGUGUUCUCAGAUCUGCUGCUGCUUUUGCAGCCAGAUUGAGUCCUCUGAAAUCUGGAAAUAAUGCGGCACAAUUACUGUCUCGAAUCAUCCCACGCACAGAUAAAGUGGCCGUGCGUUUUGGUGGUGGUCAUGGAAAGCAAAUGUUUGUCGUCAAGUCCACUAGCUUCUACGACAGGAGAUUUCUGGGCUUGUUGAGAUAUUACCUUCUGCUGACUGGCAUUCCUGUGGCUAUCAUUAUUACUAGUGUGAAUGUCUUCAUUGGUCAGGCAGAGCUGGUUGAAACUCCUGAGGGCUACGAACCUGAGUACUGGGAGUACCACAAGCACCCCAUCACCAGGUGGAUCGCACGGACGUUGUUUGACUCUCCAGUGAAGGACUAUGAGAAGAUGAUGGCUGUAAUCCAUAACGAGAAAGAAAAGUCCGACUUGAGACUGACCCAGUUGGAGGUGAGUCGACGGAUGAGGAUGAAGGGAGACGGCCCCUGGUUUCAAACCAACACCCCCGAGAAGGAUUUAAUUGACUACGGCCACAAGUCAACACCUGACAAUUAAUCUAUCAGUACAUUCUGCCGAUCAGUCUCACUGUUUGUACAUUUUUUCCCUUCUCACGUAAAUAAAGUAUCUAUAUCGACUCCCAA